UUUUUGUCAAACCAGUGAAAUACUGACAGGUAAAAGUAGGGUCCGCAUCUGGUUCCGAAUUUAUCAACCUCUUGACAGGUAUUACGUUUUGUCAUACAGACACACCUGAGCGGCCAGGUAAAUAUGGUCCCUCAGUUACAGCAGGUGAAAUGUAACCAUAAAUCAGUGUUGACUACACAAUAAUUCUUCAUUAUGGAGUGUUAGUUUGAAACUGUGUGACUCGGGAAUGUUGUCAUUAUGAUCAUAACAGGAGAUAAAGCUAUUGGUGAUGAGAAAUCGUCAGAAAAGGGAGAUAAUGAUGAUAACCAGGAUGAAAGUGAUGGUGACGAAGAAUGUGACAAAGUAACUAUGGAAACAGAUUCACAGGAUGUGGAUGACGGAGAGAUAAUGAGUAAUGGUCACAAGGAAGGGUCUGAAGUAGAUGAUGAAGAAGAGGGAGUUUCUAACAUAGAAGAUGGGGACUGUGACCAGGACAACAUUAUAGGCAAGGAAGAAAUAAAACAAGAAGAAAAAACUGAAAAUGUGGAGGAAAGUGAAAAAAUAUCAGACACUAAACACAGCAUGGAUAAGCAAGAAUGUAGCAAAGAAUCUAGUCGUUCAGAAACACCUCCAUUAAAAAGACUGAUGAGGCAGGACCCUUUGCCUCUAUUCAUGAACAAUCAUCAUCAUUCACCACCUAAAAAGAUGUUUAAAGAGGAACACAUUCACUCUUCAAAGUGGCAGGUGCCUCUCAUUCCAACUUCAGCCUUUCUGUCGAAUGUUAAAAAUGCUCCCAUGCAUCCACGGCAACACAUGUUGAAAUCAAAGCCUUAUUCAAACAGACUCUUCCUUUCGCCUUCAGCUGUUUCAUCAUUUCACUCAAUGGGUUAUCAAACCAAUUUAAAAGCAUAUGACACUGACCAACCUUUAGACUUGUCGAAGAAAACUGGUAGUGGAAAAUCCUCGUCUUCAUCUGCAUCAUACUCACCAGGUUCCAGUAAGCUUACGUCAAGUCAUACAGCUGAUAAUAUUCAUUUGAAAUCUCGUCACAAGUACAGCAAUGGAAUGUUCCCAGAUUCUGUAAAAUCUAGUCUACAAAGUUUGCAACAAAAGUUUGGUGGUGACUAUCACACAAGACAAUUACAAAAACCUGUGAAAGGGUUACACCCCUUGUCAUAUGAAAUGUUUAACAAAACUUUUUGUGGAGAUAAUGUUUUGCUGAAUUCCAUAUCCUCCUUACCAAAAAAGAAAAGCCCUAUUCCGCCAUUUACCGAAACAUCUGAGAAAUCCUUGAGCGAAAAAUCAGAAAUGUCACUAAAUAAUCACAAAGACUUGAAUUCUAACUUCAAAAAGCAGAAUUCAUGCACCGAUAAUGAAGAAGACAAAUACACAAGGCAUAAAUGUGUUUGUACUAAGACAUUUACUUCAUUGUAUGAUUUAAGUUUACAUAUUCAAGAAACUGGACACCUCCCUGCUGGUGUAAAAAAGGCAAACUUAAUGGAAUAUCCCAAACUUGUCCGCGGUCAAGAUAUGUGGUUGAACACAGAGUCGGAACAAACCAAACGAAUUCUACGCUGUAUGCAGUGUGGAGAAUCAUUUAAAUCAUUGCCUAUGUUGACAGUUCACAUGAUGCAGACUCAGCAUUAUACAAAAAUUGUAAGUUCUGAACAUGGACGACGUACACACAAGUGUUCUGCUUAUUGUGAUCGUGAUGUUGACCGUGAAUGUGUGUUCAAAUGUAAGGUAUGCAAUAGUAUGUUUGUGGACAUGGAAGGACUAGCUAAUCACAUGAUAUUAUCUGGACAUCAUAAACGAAACAUACUCCGAACUCAAAAUCACACAGACUUGGGUUUAAAACAAAACAAUCGUCAAUAUUUACCGGUAAACGAUGAAAGCACAAAUCACGACGCUCGCAAAAAAUCUCUCUCUAGGACAUCACCACCUCAGGACAGGUUAUCGGCAAGUAGUCCUGAGAGUGAUUUAAUGGAUGAUAGCAUGAUCAGCUGUGAAAAUUGUGGUGAUAAGAUAGAAACAAGUUAUUUUGUAGAACACGUACGAGCUUGUCUUCAUCAAAGUAUGGUCGAUGCCUUUGAAUCAAGAAUUCAAAAGUUAAAAUCAAAAGUUGACAAUCUACAGUCAAAAAAUGUAAAAGAAGAAAAUAAAAACUUUGAAAUUGACCCGAACGAAAAUAGUUAUGGUAAAGAUUCUGAGAGUUUAAAGGAUGUAAAUUCUAGAAAUGUGAAAUUUGAAAGUUCAGGAAAGAAAGACUUGAAACAUGAAGUAAACAGUGAUAUAAAACUAGAACCAGUCAAUCAAGAUUCUGUAACUGAUACUCCGGAAAAGAAAAACAAUAUCAAAACUGAACCCGUAGAACUAAUUGAAAACCAAAAAUCCUCAGAAAAAAAACAAAAUGAUAAAUCCGAAGACAGAAAUCCACUAAAAGCUGAUAGUGCUAAAAUGUUAGAUAUUUUAAAUCCAGAGGAUGAAGGAACAGAAGAGGGGGGUAACUCUGCCCUCCAAGCCAUGGAAUCAUUCAUUCAAAAAAGUUUCAGUUCAAAAUUUACCUAUGGCAAAAACAAGUUUCAGGUAAAUAUGUUUGACAAGCAGGAAUCUCUUAGUCCUUUGUUGAAGUUCGAAAAAUAUAGGAAAUAUUUCCAGCCAUCUUUAAUGAUGGAAAAUACAUCAAAGAAGCCAGAAGAAUCGGAGAUGAAUGAUAGUGAAGCCGAUGAUUCUACAAAAGAUGAAUUAGAAAAACUUGAAAAGUUAUGUGAAAAUGUCAACAAAAGGCAGACGAGUCCUAAACAAAGUACAAAAUUAGAAACUGCUGAGCUUAAAGAAACAAAAGUUACAAGUGAAUCAUUGAGUAGUAAAUAUUUAAAUAUUGACGAAGAGGAACAAAAUACAGAAAAGUCUUCAGCGCUGGAUUCACUGAGUAGCUUUGUCUAUGGUCAAGCAUUAGACAGUGAACACCCUCUUGAUAAAUUACAGAAGCUCAUAACAAAAACUGACAUUCCUGGAAUGAGUUCUUCAAGUCGGACUAUUUUGAAUGGAUCACCUGAAGUCUCCAUUCCUCUCAAUUUGUCUGUAAAAAGAGAAAUUGACGAGGAUGACCUUGUGGAAGAUGUGAUAUCUGAUGGUAGUCAUAGCGACAGUGGUAGUGAUUCGGCCGUGGAGUACCACUGUGUAGCUUGCAGCAGACAUUUUGCUUCAAAAGGAACAUACCGUUAUCAUCUGAGUCGAUGUCAUUUAUCCACCAUUAAGAAAUAUGGUAUCAAAGAGGCCUUUAACAUGAGUCCUUAUGUAUAUCUUCCUUUAGACCAUACUGCCAAGUUUUCUAAGUAUUUUAAAAUGGCAGAAGAGUUAGUCAAAAAAGAAAAAUUGUAACAUAUAUAUUUUUAUUUUGCUAUGUGCAAUUUCUAAACGAUAACUGUACUAAUUUCAAUAUAUUAUUUUUCUAGAAAUCUGAUUUUUUUUUUUAGCUAUGUUGUGAUGUUGUUAAUGUUUGUCUGAAGACACGUUUGUUGCCAGGCAAUUAGUUAUGUUUUAUUGGGCAAUUCUUUACAAAUUUUAACAUAGACAUUUGAACACAAACUUUUUUGAAAUAUUGGUUAUUUCCAAUUUUGAGAAGCUGUCAAGAAAAAUGGUUAUUUUUGAAAUCUCAAGAAGAGAUUUUAUAUGAAUUUAUAGGGUUAAAUAUACUUACCACAAUCCAGCACCACCCCUAGUAUAAAUUUAGUAUAAAUAUGACGUAGGUGAGUACAUCUUAUGGAUGUAAUUUUUAAUCACCUAGUUAAUUUCGAUGAGAACAUGUUCUGAAAGCAAACAUAUUCUAUAUAAUAUAAAUGUAAUUUCAUGGUAAGUAUAUUUAAUCAAAUUCAUAUAAAAUUUUGAUUGGUAACAUAUUUUUAGAUUUAUUUUGGUUCAGUUUUUAUGAAACUUUUUUUUAUUUCCAAAUUCAGUCUGUAACAUAUGAUAGAUUUGAUGUAACUUUUCUGGUUUGAUUUUAGAACAAGUCCUAAAAUUUGAACUUUUCAAUUAACCUUCUAUUAUUUCAAUUUUCAAAUUAGUUCUUGUCUUUUAACUUGUGAUUAAAAUCCCCCUUGUUAUGCCACAUCUUAGAUACUAAAGGGGAUUUUUCGGGUUCAUGCAUCUUUCCCAUAUCAAGUUAUUAAAGUUGUUCACCUUGAAAUAGUGGUCGCAUCAACUUGAAACUUAGUACACAUGUGCAUUAUGAUGCAAGCUUUAUAUGUAUGCCAAAUUAGAGGUUUGACCCAGAUUCCAUGGUUCACAGAACACGAAAAUUUUAUUGUAGGAACAGGGUAUGGUGUCCUAUAGAAAUGUAUUAUUGUUUAGCUUAACUUCUUAUUUGUGUGGUUCAAGAAAAAUUGCUAUUUCGAGAGUACCUAGUUUUACAGUUGCUACUUUUAAAGUCUUUGUAAUUUAUUUAUUUAUUGUUUUCCUUACCAAUGAAAUUACAAAAAUUGGUAUCCAAUGAUUAUUAUUUAAUCCAGAGUACAUUAUUUCAUGGUUCUAUUUAAAGAGUAUUUUUCAAAGAAAGUGUCAAGUUUUUUGCUUUUACUAGUUUGAAAAAAAAAAACCAAGUCUAUGGAUUUACAAGUAAGAUGAAGAAAACAUUACAGAUAAAUGUUUAUUUCAUGGAAAUUAGUACAGUUAUGGUAGAACAAAGUGUAAUCUAUGGCAGCCGAGACAAGAAUUUUGUUGUAUUAUAGUUAGUAUUGAAUUAAUAUUAAUUUGUGAGGGAGAUAAGGGACCUGAAUUAAUAUUGAUUUGUGAGGGCGAUAAGGGACCAAAGAAUAAAUUUCUUCUGAUGGUCAGAAAAAUUUACGAUGUAACAAAUCAUGUCAUAAAUGUUCGGUGACAGUGAUAAAUUUACCACGUUAUUUAAACGAUUUUUCAUUUUCAAAUAUUUGAACAAUUGAAAAACAGGAAAUUUGAAAAGUUUAAUAAAAAUUUCGGUAAACAAACAGGUAUUAAAUUUUACUAUUGUAUUUGUAAGUCACAUUAUAUCGAGGUGUAUAAAUUAAAUGGAUAUUAUAUAUUAGAUGAAAUAAUAAUGAUUGAUGAAAGCAGCUGUUCAUAAACAAAAAAUUUUUGUUCAGAGAUUGACUUUAUAUAGAAAAUGGGGCAGACAUUUUUUUUAUACACUCCAUAUUAAAAAUUGUCAUAUUAAAGACCGCUCUGCAUUAUUUAAAGCAGUCAUCUGUUUUUUAGAUUAUUUCAAUUGCUAUUUAAAAAAACUGAUAUAUAGAUGUAUAUAGCAGUUGAAAUCAAAAUUGCUCAAGCAUUUUCCCUGCAGUAGCUUUAAUUUCAACUGUAGUAAUUGAAAUUGAACUGACUGUUUGCACGAAUUUUUUUUAAAUAGUGUGGAUUGACCUUCAGGGUUAAAAUUUGUAUUCUUUAAGUUUGUUGCACAACUUUAUUAUUGUAUUUAAAACAAUUAUUUGUUUCCACUAGUUUUAUAUUAAAAAUGAGAAAUUGUUAAACAAUUAAUAUUGUCCACUCAGUUAAAUUAUUUUAGAGUACCAAUGAUUUCCAUGUUCUGUGCCAUAAAUCUUUUAAAAAAAAUAUUGAAAGAAAUCCAAAAUAUCAAUAAAGAAAUGAAAUUAUAUUUCAUACAGAUAGAGGAUAUUAAUGUUUUCUUUGAAUUUUAUCUAAUUGAAUAUUUGUACAUUUUAUCAUUCCACACUAUAGGGACUUGGUCCUUUAGAAUCAUUUUAUUUCAGUUAUUUAUUUAAUUAAAAAAAGUCGAAAGAAAUAGGUUGUGUUUAUUAUAUACAUAUCAAAUGAACUGUUAGUACUAAGUGCUUUAUUAUAUUGAUUUCAGAUCAAAUCUGUCUAAAUUGUUGUUAUUUAUUUCACUUGCUUUAUAUGGCUACUAUGUUGUAGAGUGUUAUUUUUUCUACUAUAUGUAUUUGCUAUUUUCAUCAGUUUUUUAAUCAUACAUAUUUAUGCAUUUUUUUAAAAAGUACCUGAAAUGUUUGUUUAAUGAACAGAUUGAAACCAUUUUAACUUAUAACAGUAUAUUAAUACAAUUUUUAGCUGUUGAUAGUGGUAAAAUUUUACCUUUCUGGUUAAAAAAAAAUUGUUCUGUUGCCUUGUAGGGCAGUUUUGCCUUGUAUACAAAGCAUGCGCCCAAAUGGGCAUCUUUUGGUGGAAAAGAUAUAAAAUCACUCCAACAGAUUAAUUUAUCAUUGUCUGGAGCAUGGGAGGUAACUUACAUUGUAAAACUUACUGCCCAAGCAGUGGUUUGAUGAUUUUAUUCACAAAAAAAAGAUCAGGAAUCUUUUCUCCUAUUUUUUUUUUUGGAGGGGGGGGGGGGGAGGGGGGAGUGUCAUUUUGACUGAAUUUAUUCUGCACAAUAAGUUUUUUGUUUAUAUUUGCCAUUUGGGAACAAUAGAUAGAUUGAUUGAUUAUUGUUAGUAUACUGUCUAGUGGCAAAUAUUUCAUGCACCAUCAGGAUGAGGGAAUGAGGAAUACGAGAGAUAAACAGCAAUUUUAUUGAUUUUUUUAUGUUGAACAAAAAUUAAUUUUUGAUUAUACAGAUUUUUUUUUAUCAGGAUAUAACAAAACUACAACAAAUAAUUUCAUUUUAUUAAAAUUGUUGUUGAUCCACCAAAUUUAUCAUGGUCAAAGCUUUGAAGCUAAUUUUCCAUGACUUUAAAAAGUUUCAUGAAUUAAUGAGGAGUUUAUGGUUCCAAUGCAAAUUUAGAUAAGUUAAUUGCGACCUAAAUACACAACUAAUUUUUGCCUUUAUAACUUCAUCAUUUUGUGUUUGAGAGUCCAAUGUGAGCUAACACUUGCAUGUUUUGUUAUUUUUCACACAGUAAUUAAGUAGGCUGUCACAUACAGACUUGUCAAAUAUAAAGCCCUAAUUUGUCAGAAUCCACUUCUUUUAUCUAAAAGUGUUGUUGAUGUAGAAACAAUUAAUUAACUUGUUUAAGGAAAAGCUUGUUAAAUGUAAUUUUCAUGAUUAUGUAAUUUGAUACUGUCACAAAUCCUCAAGAAUAUUACGGUGUUGUAAUUAUUUUAAAUAUGACCUUGAAGUCAGUAUAAAUGUAUAGGCCUAAUAGGUAUUAUAUUAAAAAUUCCCCUUUUUGUCUAAAAUGUUCAAAAUUUGCUAUAUGCAUAAUGAUAAGGGAAUUUUAAUGCCAUACAUGAAUUAUCUAAUAACCAAUCCUCAUUAUUAUAAUUAAUAUUUUCCCACUCUUUUUAAUAAAAAAAAGUUUCAGAGGUAUUUUUUUGCCGCCAUCAUAAGAAGAAAAAAUAGAGCCAAAUUUUUUGUUUUUCCUUGUUUUGUUUUUCUUAAUUUGGCUUUAUGGUAUUUAUCUGUUUCCUGCUGUCUAUAUAAUCUUUGAUGGUGUUAGGACAUAUCAAUCAUGGCAGAUUAACAAUAUUGAUAAAGAUUUCAUAUCUCAUGUGCGUCAGCUGUGGUAUAUACCAUUUACAAAGAAAAAUCGGAUUUAAACUAAUUAAAUCUGAUUUGAAUUCCACUAUUUUGAGGAUUUGUCAAAUUGUCAGCCAAUGAUGUUUUAUAUACAAAGAAAUUGUCUAGAUGUGUUGUGUUUCUUUGUCAUACAUCAAAAAGAUCUUUGUCCUAUUGAACAGAUAAACCUUUUUAAUGAGAGAAUAUAGAUAAUCUGUAGGAGAGAUCAUUAUCCCAUGUGGUGCGAUAUUUUUCUAAAUGAAUAAAUCCUGGCUUUCAAAUCCUUUCUCCCAAGUAGAAAAUUGCAUGCAAAAAAAUAGUUUCCUGAAGAAGAUAAAAACUAAAUGAAAAUUGAAUCUUGUAUAAGAGACUAUUACAUGUAAUUUAGAAGAUUGAUUUGUAAGAUUAUUUGCUUUAACUAAUCUUUUAACACAUAUCAAUGCUGGGAAAGACAUUUUUAGGUCAUCUGUCAGUUAAUACUAUAUCAGUUCGGUUAAUGCCUUCAGACGUGGAUUGUCAUUGGGUACGUAGAUAUGAGGACCCAAAAUAUUAUUAAGUCAUCUUUCUUAGGUGUAGUUACUAGGUAUUGUCGAAACUGUCAAACUCUAACUAGGUUGUAUGUUCAGUGAUCAAUUAACUAUCUAUGUAAUAUGUAUUAGGUACUAGAACUGGGACCUAUAUUUUUCAUCUUAUUUAAGCUUAACGUCGGUCUCUAUUUAUAAGAAGACCAGGUCCCAUCUCAUUUAAACUUAAGAUGGGACUCUAUUUAUUUGAGGACCAUGUCCCAUCCCCAUCUCAAUAAAACUUAACAUUGGACUCAAUUUAUAAGAAGACCUUUGGUUGUGGGCUAGGCAGUUAAUGGACAUCUACCUGUACAGAUCAUUUCAAGUCUACUGCCACUACCAUACCAAAAUAUGUCACGGCACACUCAAUCAAAUAGCAUGUCAUUUCUGUAAAAUAAUUAAUAUUUUUGCAAACUAGUCAUUUUGGUGACUUGAUAAAUAAUAUGAAUAUGUCUAACUUGAUAUUCCCUUGUAUAAAAACAUCAUGAAAGUCAGAACAUGAAAUCGACUUCAAAAAGAAAAAAGGCUGGAAAAUAUUUGCAAAACCUAUUUGACUUGCAGUAUUAGAUGAGCAAAGGGAGAUAACUUCAAACAAGAUAAACAAUGCUUUAGAGAUGGACUAAGGGAUAAAAACUUUCAAUCAGGGAAUUAUGUCAUCCUUUUGUUUCUAUUCAUUUGAAAACAACCUUGUAUUACAAUUGUAUAUACAAAAAGUCAAAUAUUCAGAAAACUCUGCAUGCAGGAACUGUCACAAGUGUUAUUUUAAGGAUUUUCUGGGGAAAUGAGGAAUUUAAAAAUAGUUUGUGACAAUAAAGUGCUGUGUCAUUGAAUCAAUUGAAUUUGAAUAUUAUAUAUUUGGGGAAAUCUAGUGCACACAAGUAAUAUUUAAAUAGAUUUUGUGUCAACACAUGCAAUGUUGGGAUAUAGAAUCCUGAUAUAUUGAUAAUAUUACAUAAUUUAUGAAAAAGAUAUGCUAAUGCAGUUGUCAACAUCUGGUAUUUACAUAUGAUAUUUACUGAUAUUGAUGAAGAGAAAAUAAAUUAUUAGAAAAUUAUGUAAAAAAAAUACAAUAUUUUUUUUAUCUGAUAGCAAAUGACACAUUUCAUUAUUAACUGUUUUUUUUUAACUGAAAAGUACUUAAAAGAAUUUAAUUAAAUUUUGUCAUUCUGCAUUGUCUACAGAUUUCAUACAAAUGGAAACAUAAUGUCCUUUGAGGGGUCUGUAAAGGGAACUCUUGUUAACUCAUAUUAUUAAUUUGUCUAUGAAAUUAUCAAUUAAAAUAAAAAUAAUUCUAAACUGGCUUUACACGACUAAAUCUUUAUCCAUAUAUUCAUUAGAUUGAUUGAUUGCUGGUUGUCUGCUUUAUGUGCAGUGGCAACCAUUUGACCAAAGAAUACAUCUCUAAUUAUCGAUUUUUUUAAUGCUCAUAUCAUAAUAAAUACCUAUCCUUGAUUUCCUAUGAAAAAUCAACAUAACUAUAAAUUAGCCCUCAUCCUAUCCUCCUGGUGUUGAUUUUUUAAAAUCCAGAUAAACGCCCACUCCAAAUCUAUUUUUUCGUAAAGAGCAUUGCCCUAAGGGCUUGUAUCAUUAUGCAUACUGUAAGAAUCUUAAACUGUUAAACUAAAUAUUUUGUAGGUAAAAAUGCAGAUAUGUAUUUAUUUAAAUUGAAUGAAAUUUAGGUACAUAAGAAAUUGUUUUAUAUGUUGAAAAUGGCAAAUAUUUAUUACAUUAUCUAGUUAUUGUGGCAUAGUCAGAAUUUUGCAUUUAUACAUGUAUAUUUGAGUUUGCUUUAAAUGAAUGAAAUCCCUUUUGACUUCUACAAUUAUGUACAUAUUUUUGUGAAAACAAUUACAUUUUACAUAUCAUUUAUCCACUUUAUAUUCAGAAACUAUGUGUUAACUGUACUUUUGAAUAUGUUAACACUUGAGUGCUUUAUUUCAUAGUACAUGUGUAUUCAAAAGUAUACAAGUUUGAAAAUGUUUCUGAAAAUUUCAUUUUUCAUUUUCUGAUCAGACUGGAAUGAUUUUUUAAUGCACACAGAUGCAUGAUUUGUGAUUGUUGUCAUCAAUACCAAUUUAAAAAAAAAAAUUGGGGGAAAUGAUAUUUUAAGUUGUUUUCUCUAUGCUUAUCUCUUUGUAGAAGUUUAAGCUACUCUUUAAAAGUUGGAUGGAAAAAUUCUUGUUCUUUUUUUUUUCUCUGUCAGUUAUCAUAACUAAUUUUACACUUGUUGUCAAAAAGCAUAUUCAAAUCCUUAGUGAUAAGAUUAUCUUCUAUCUGCAAGCUUGUUGUAAUGACAUUUUUAUCUGCAAGGAAAUUUAUGUAUGUGCAUAAUAUAUUAAAUGAAACAAUGUUUUCAUAAUUGAUGAUUAUUCUUAGAUCUUUCCAGUCUGAUGUGCUCUCUUUUGACUUUAUAUAUUUGUAUUUACAUGUUUUGAUAAAUCCAUAUCCUAUCAACAAUAUUGUUAAAAUAAAAAGCUGAAGAAAACUAGAA